AUGACCAAAAUCCCCAUAAUCUUCAUCCCGCCGGACAAGACAUUUGAAGACAGCUCCAAAUUGAGCGGCGGCUCUGAGAAACUCAGCGUCCUGAUCAUCGACCUCGGCAGAAUCGACUGCGUCCUGGCCAAGAGGAAGGAGGCGAUUGAGAGGAUGCGACACACAUCGGAGACGCUGGGGUCCUUCCAGGUGGUGAAUCAUGGAGUUCCGGCUGUCAUGAUGGCGGAGACGAAGGAGGGGGUGAGGAGGUUCUACGUCCAAGACGACGAGGCAAAGAAGGUGUUCUACACACGCGACAUAACGAGGCAGGUGGUGUACAACAUCGAUUUUGACCUGUAG